CGGGUCCAGGACGAGGCCCUCAGCCAGGCUGACUCAGGAGGCAGGAAUCCUGCAGACUCCACCAGGCCCAGAAGACCUUGGGAUGCGGAAGACUGAGGCCUAUGGAAAAACAGAGCUCAUCCCCAGCACCCUCUGCCCCCAAGCGCUCCAUGCAGCUGCCACAGAAUGAAGAGGACUUUGCCAGUCAGUCCUGGUACCACGGCCCCCUGUCUCGCCAGAAGGCUGAGGUCCUUCUUCAGCAAGAUGGAGACUUCUUGGUCCGUGCCUCUGGGUCCCGUGGGGGCCAUCCUGUGAUCUCCUGUCGCUGGCGGGGCUCAGUCCUACACUUCGAAGUGCUCCGUGUGGCCCUACGUCCCCGACCAGGCUGGCCCACAACGCUCUUUCAGCUGGAGGAUGAGCGUUUCCCAAGCCUGCCUGCCCUGAUUCGCAGCUAUGUCACUGGCCAGCGACCACUAUCCCAGGCCACAGGGGCGGUGGCCUCCAGACCAGUGAUUCGGGAAGGGUCAAUGCGACGCAGCUUUAGCGAAGAUUCCCUCCAAGAGAGCCCAGCUCAGAUAGAGCCUCUCAGAGCUAGGAAACGGAGUGAGAGCCAGCCGGCAGGCUUGGAGCAUCUAGGGCAGUCACAAGAGGACCCCUUUGUCCCAGGAGCCUCCACCAUGCUCACAUCUGUCCUGCCACGGAUGGGUAGUGACCCCAUGUUGCUGAAGGCCCCAGCUCCUGUGGGGACCACUGCCUACAGCCUCAGGGCCUCUGAUGGGCAGCUCCAUGCCAAGGCACCAACCAAGCCUCCUCGAACUCCAUCACUGGUACUGCCUGACCCCCCAAUGUAUUGUGAGCUGGUGCCUCGAGUGCCCAGUGCCCGGAGAACAUCCUCUGGCCACAGCUGCCCAGAGCCAGAGGCCCCAUGGUGGAAGACCCAUAAGAAGGAGGAAGACAGAUAUUUCCUAAGACCGCAAGCUGAGGUCUCCCUCUGUGCCCCUGACAACCUCUUCUGCCUGCUGGGAACCCAGAAUCGGCCCCUGGAACCCAAAAUCCUAGAUACCCUCCGGGGCCUGUUCCUGAAGCAUCAUCCUGAGAGCACCGCCCUCCACUUGCUAUUGGUAGAUUGCCAGGCAACUGGUCUCCUGGGAAUGACCAAGUCUCAUCAUCUUGACCCAAUGGGGGUCACCUCUGGCCUAGAGCUGCUCCUGCUUCCUGGUGGGCACUGCUUGAGACUGGAACUCCUAGAGAGGCAGGAGGCGCUUUCUCUGGCCGGCGCGCUGGCGGUGCUAGGCUGCACGGGAUCGCUGGAGGAGCGCACAGCUGUCCUGAGGGGCCUGGUGGAGCUGGCACUGGCACUGCGACCAGGGGCGGCAGGGGACCUGCCUGGACUGGCCGCGGUCAUGGGUGCCCUACUUAUGCCCCAGGUGUCCCGCUUGGAACGCACAUGGCGCCAGCUGCGCAGAAUUCACACCGAGGCGGCGCUGGCCUUCGAGCAGGAGUUGAAACCGCUGAUGCGGGCAUUGGAUGAGGGCACGGGCCCCUGCGACCCUGGCCAAGUGGCGCUGCCACACAUGGCCCCCGUGGUGCGCCUGCUGGAGGGCGAGGACCUCCCCGGGCCGCUGGAGGAAAGCUGUGAGCGGCUGCUGCGCACUCUGCAGGGGGCACGUCAGGUGGCCUCCGACACACCCAAGUUCCAAGAGGUGGCGGCAGGGCGCCUGCAAGGAUUCCAGCCCAACCCGCUGCUGAGGGAGGCCCUGACCACUGGCUUCCUGCGGAGACUGCUCUGGGGAAGCAGAGGGGCAGCCGCACCUCUGGCCUUGCGACUUGAGAAGUUCCAGCAUGUCCUCAGCAUCCUGUCACAGCGUCUGGAGCCUGACAGCUGAAAGCACACUCAGACACCCGGAUGCCAGAGAACUCCAAAACUCAAGGAAGUAGUCCCAGGUUCGUCACAAACCAAAAGCAGGGGGGUUGUACACCCUGCCUCACAAAAGGGCGAUGGACCAAAUUAUUAAGGACCUACCCUGCUCUCUAAAAACUCACAGGAUCCCAGGGAAGCUUUUUCUCUCACACUAAACCACCCAGGUAUUUGGAGGCUUCGGUGCCCUCUUCUACUUCCCCAUUCCCCCAAACACAUCCCACUAAUUGUGAACAUGUGGCUUGUAAUGGUAAGAUAACUUGCAGAUCUGUAAGAGGCCAGAGUUCAAAUGCCUUUUAAAAGCUGUGUGACCUCCUACAGGUCGCUUGAGCUCUCUGUGCCUGCCUUCAACAUUUAAGACUACUUUUUAGGGGUUGCCCCAAGGAUUAAAGCUCAAGUUUAAAUGAGCACAUGGUAGAGAAUGACUGGUAUACAGUAGGUGCUCAAUAAACACUACCUGUUUCAGUAAGCUGCAAUGGAUAUGGAAAGAUAAUUGGUACCCUUCUAACAAUACUGGAGCCAGACAAGAACCCAACUUCCCAAAAGGGGCAGGCAUGUGGCCAAGGGGUACCCCAGUCUAUCUCCCCUUCUCAUUCUUGGUGUGGCCCCUAAGGAGGGUGGCAUUUGAAUAUCCAGUCCAGUAUCUAAAUCUAAUAAGACAUGGACUCUC